AUGGCGCUAAUUGCUUUGAGGAAGCCCAAGAGAAGCUGGCUAAGAUUUUUGAGAGCAGAAAGGGAAAUAAUCGAAGAAGAGCAAGAUAAAGCUGCUAAGGUAGCUGAGAAGGAUCAACCUGAGCAAUCCAUGCAGAUUCAUACAAAUUUUGAACCGAUUCAAAGUAUGGCAGCAGAGUCUCAAGAGAAUUCAUCAAAUGAAGAAUCCUCUACUGAGGGUAACAAGCAUUUAAAAUCUAUGACUUAUGUGCUCUCAUCUCUUCAGAAGAACAUGAUAAAGGCCUUGAACACCCAGGAAGAAGAAAGAAAGGACUUUGCCGAAAUUAUCAAUGUUCUUACUGAAUUGGAUAACACUAUGAAGAAGAACACCCGUCAAUCUAAAAUGAUGGAUCUUGAAAGGCACAUCAAUGAUGACCGUCAUAAGGAAACUUUGGAUGAAUUUAGUCUGGUGAAGAAUCAGAUGGUGGAAAUUCAAGGCUAUUUAAGAAGAAAUGAUAGUGAACGACAAGAAUUUGCUGACUCUAUUGAAAGGAAGUUUCAAGCAAAGGAGAACGCAAAAGCUAAUGCUGAAAGAGAUCAAUCUCGAAUCACCCAAGGCGAGUCAAGUAGAAGAAGUGACGGUGUGUCAAUCGGCACUAGAUCCAGACGAGCCGCAAGAAACUAUGAUAAUCCUAGGUCAACCAAGAGAGGUGGAGGUCGAAGCGGUGGUGAUCGUGGAGGACGAAGUAGUGGUGGUGGUUGUAGUAGGCUAUCUGGUGUUGAUCAAGGAGGUCGUGCCACUAGUGGUAAUCGUGGUGGUAGAUCAAGUGGAAGCGGUCGUGGUGGUCGCAGCUUUCCUCCUUUUCUCAACAUGUUAACCGGACAAGACAUGAGCCCAAACGAUCCUCGAUUUAAAAGAGAAGAACAAUAA